AUUUAUACGUACGUACUCGUUACAAAUUUAGUUAGUCUAGAUCGAAACUGAAAAUAUCCAACUCUCAAAGAACACACCAUGGAAGAAGAGCAACCUCCGGCAAAGAAACGAAACAUGGGAAGAUCUCGAAAAGGUUGUAUGAAAGGUAAAGGCGGUCCUGAGAACGCCACAUGCACUUUCCGUGGAGUUAGGCAACGGACUUGGGGUAAAUGGGUCGCUGAGAUCCGUGAGCCUAACCGUGGCACCCGCCUCUGGCUCGGCACUUUCAAUACCUCAGUCCAAGCCGCCAUGGCUUACGAUGAAGCCGCUAUGAAGCUGUACGGACCCGAGGCUAGACUCAACUUGUUACAACCACAACAAAAACAAAAACAAGAAGUAAAGAGGAACUUGUCCUUUUCUGACCACGGGUCAGGUUCUUGGUCUUAUAAGCUCGAUACGAUUCGUGGGCUGGACCUUGGUCUCGGCCCGUCUAAUGGUUCACGCGGUUCGUGGUCGGGGAGUUUUAGCAUUCCACGAGAAGAUGAUCAUCAUAAUGUUUCUUGGUUGUUACCUAAACGAAGUAGUUCACAAGAUCAAGAAAGCGUUAAUGAUGCGAGUGGCUUAGCGUUUUCGAAUAAGAUGCAACCGAGAAACUUGAUGAUGACUCCGAAGAAUGGAUCAUCGAAUGGAGUUUGGUCUAGGUUUCUUGUGGGACAAGAAAAGAAGACAGAAUAUGACGUGUCAUCAUCGUGUGGCUCGUCAGACAAUAAGGAGAGUAUAUUGGUUCCUAGUGGCAGUGGCGGAGAAGGGAUGAGUAGGCCGGAAGUGGAGGUGGAGGUGGGAACAGGGUAUUUGGAGAUGGACGAUCUUUUGGAGAUUGAUGAUUUGGGUUUGUUGAUUGGCAAAGAUGGAGAUUUCAAGAAUUGGUGUUGUGAUGAGUUUCAACAUCCAUGGAACUGGUUCUCUGAGAGGUUUUAGUUUUUCGAUGUUAUUAUUUAUUAAAUAUCUUUUAAGAUCAAUAUUUAGGAUUGUUAAUUUGUUAUAUAUAUACGUCAAGCGUCGUGGGUUCUUUCUCUGCUUGCAUGUACUCGUGUAUAAAUAUGUUUGAUUGCGUGUUUGAAAUUAUACUAAGGAUAUGUGAAAGGAACUCUCUUUUUUUAUUAUUUCACUAGACAACAUCCUCAAAAAAGAAAAAGAAACACAAGUUAAAUAUCCUUUUCAAAAAAAAAACACAAGUUAAAUACUUCAGUUGUGAGAUCUUGCCUAAUAUAUUCACAGCCAGUUUCUUCUACCAUCACCAAAGGCCAUCUUCAGAGGUUGCUGUUGCUCAUUCUCAUUCUCUUAAUCCUCUGACUAACCCUCUGCCUCAGGCAUCAUCAUCCAUGGAUUGAUUUAAUAAAUAUUAUCAGGGGCGAAUCCAGACUAGUUUUAAUGAGUGCACUAU